AGAGGUUUGUUCGUUAUAGCUGUACUUUCUGCACUAGUGUACACAAAAAUGAAAUAAAUAUUUAGAAGAUGGAGAGGAAGAGGAAAAACAAAAAGUGUAAGAAAUUUUGUUAUAAAGAAUAAACCUAACGAGCCUGAUAUCGGAUGUGACUGAUGUGGACCGAGCAUUUGUAUCACGGCUGGUCACAAGCUAUAACACAUCAUUUCAAUGAUGGAAGAUAUAGGCGCCACAGUCUUUUACGAUGAAGAUGAUUGUUUGGAUUAUGAAUGUUCACACAACAAUAUUGAAUAUGAUUAUGAUUAUGCAGAUACAGAGAAGGAAACUCUACAUGAAUUGUAUCAGUAUUGUCUUAGUCCUAGUCUAUACGAUACAGGAUAUACUCUGUUGCCUUUAUUGGGUUGCGCAAUCUUAUUUAGAUUAUUUGUUCAUAUUCAAUAUAUAUCACACAAGAUAUUUCAUGUAUUAUCAGUAAUCAUAGGCUUGUAUGUUAUCCACCAUUAUGUUCAUGAAUCUUUAAUUGUAUUGAUUGUAUAUGUCCUAUUUUCUUAUGCUAUUUUAUAUGUGCCAAAAAAAUGGCAUAGUGGCAUAGGAAUCUUUUUACCAUCUCUUUUAAUAAUUGGAUACUGUGAAUUUUUUAUGCAAUCAAUAAUAUGGCACAAAGUACGUAGUGUAAGUAUGAUUAUGGUGAUGAAGGGGAUUAGUGUUGCCAUUGAUAGAAGUGAUUUGGACAAGAUUCCAGAUAUUUAUAGUUACAUGGGUUACAUGUUCUGUAGUGUAACUUGUCUGUUUGGACCAUGGAUAUCCUUUAACGAUUAUCUAUUGUUGCGUAAUUCUAAUAUUCAGACAAAACGGUGGAUAAUAUGUGGCAUAGGAUAUGCCUUUCUUUCCUUUGUCUUCCUAAGCAUUUCUAAUUGUUGGAUGCAGUGGAUAUUUGUAGAUAGCUCUUGGAUGUGGUUGAUAGCAUACAGAGAUGCAUUGUCUUUUAGAGCAUCCCAUUACUUUGUAUCGUAUAUAGGUUCGACACUGUUAGUUUUGGGUGGGUUUCCACUUUCAACUUCAAUGAUAGUUAAGCCUUUGUACAUCGAAUUUCCACACUCGCUUGUACAAGUUGUCAUUUAUUGGAACAUGCCAAUGCAUUAUUGGCUAAAAACUUAUAUCUUCCGUCCUAGUAUUAAAAAAUUUGGAACGUUUGGCGCGGUGAUCAUCACAUAUCUGAUAAGCGCUCUUUUGCACGGAUUAAAUUUUCAACUGGCAGCUGUAUUACUUAGUCUAGGAUUUUAUACAUAUAUCGAAUUUCAACUCAGGGCAAUGCUUGCUGAUACUUUUGACGCUUGUAUCGCGUCUAAACAGUGUGGCAAACGAAAAUGCGUACAUAAAUAUAAUUCUUCCAAUUCGUGGGUGUUUAUAACGAAUCUGGCAUUCUCCGGAUUAGCGAUGUUUCACUUAGCUUAUUUAGGUCUCAUGUUUGAUACAUCCAAUCUCCAAGAAACAGGGUAUAGCUAUAGUCAUACCAUCGACAAGUGGACUGAACUCGGAUUCGCUAGUCACUGGGUAGCCCUAGCUACAUAUUGUAUAUAUUUUUUAAUGAAGUAGCAACCUAUUUUCUAUAUUGAUGAUAUAUGCAAUUCUUUUUAUUACGGAUGAUGUACUUAAUUACUUUUUUUAUAAAAAUAAAUCUUUUUUAUAUAUAAAAAUCUGCAGUUCAGUUUAUAGACAAUUUCCUGAUCUAUAAAACACUUAAAAAGGGAAUAUUUUAAGAUAAUAUAUUAUUUAUAUUAUACUCAGUAAAUAAUAUAAAAGUUUGCGAAAAAAAAGAUGCAAUU